AUGCUCAUACAUUGGAGUAUACUUUUACAUCUGGUGUCAUUGCUGAGCGUCCGGCAUCAACAGUCCUUGUUGGCGCUGUUUCCGCUGUCUCCUGAGGAAACCGACCUGUUAGACAGGCAUCCGGUUGGAUUCGACAGCCACUGUCAUCUGGACAGGAUUUGCAGAGAUUGCCACCUCCCACUGGAUGCGAGUUUUAGCGAGAUUUGCCAGAAAGCAACGCCGUUAGACGAGUUCAUUGUGGAUCUACAGGGGGCGGUGGGUAUUUUCUGCGACCCUGAAACAUAUCCAACACCACAGGAGGUGGAGAACUGGGGGAAACAAGGAGUGACUGUGUGUGUUGGACUGCAUCCUAAGAAGACAGCCACAGAACAAGAGUUUCAGCAGCUGCAGCAGCUUCUGAAACAUCCAGGUGUUGCAGGGCUAGGCGAGGUGGGGUUAGACCGCACCGAACCUGUCGGCCAGUGGGACGGCCAGAUGGAGCGACUAAAGACUGUUCUCCAAUUUGUCCAGGAAAAACAAGUACUGGUUCUUCACUGUCGAGGUAUGGAGGCCGAAAGCAGCGAAGUAUAUUCCUGUUUGAGGUAUAUGCUUAUGUCGAUGGUGAAGAGGGAACAGUUGAUCCACCUGCACUGCUUUAGUGGCAGUGUGGCUACAGCCAGACAAUGGAUCGAAGUAUUCCCAAACACCUACUUUGGGUUUACAAAGAUGGUCACUGUCCUUCCUAAGGAACAGCGGGAGGCAGUGAAGCAGAUGGAGGAGGGACGUCUACUCCUUGAGACCGAUGCCCCAUAUUUCCACUUCUUUGGACACAGAAGGUCCACCCCCGCCUUGAUAGGCAUGGUAGCCAACGAGGUAGCCAAGAUCCGCGGGGUAGAUUGGAUGCAUCUCCUAGAGGUAGCUGUCGCCAAUGCCCAGCGCCUUUACCUGAAGCGGCUUCCUCCUCAGUAA